UAGUGGUCAGUUGUUGUCUUUGGCACUCGCAGUUUGAAAGAUCAACAAAAUUUGUAGUGUUAUUGUUUUUCUCGAACGUUGAAUAUUAAGUGAUAUAUUAAUACUACUCGGUAUUCGUGAAAGUGAAAGGUAGAAAUUAUAUUGAGCAAGCUUUACUUCGAAAUCUUCUCAAUUCGUGCUUAAGUUUCCAGUCGUCCUUCAGGGGGGUUUUGAAAGUUAUUUUUCUAUCCCCAAUAAGAUGUCUUGGGCCACGAAUGCUCCGCAGCUUCCAGGAGUUGUUGCUUUUGAGAAUAUGAAAAAGAACAAUUGCUUCAGAGAUUUGAGCAAAAAAUACAGUUAUUUGAGUUCCAGCAUUAUUAAUCAUAUUGCAGAGAUGUAUAAUUUUGAUGCGUCCAUGGCGGAUUUGCACCUCAAGGCACUCACGGGCAAAGUCAUGCGUCCAUUGCACGCGAGCAAGCGCGAAUCGAGAAUAGAUAACGCCGACACGUACUUCUCGAUAGAGGAGAUAGAGGAAUGUAUCGACGAUAUUUUGGAAGGCUACAGAGUGUUGCUCAUACUGAGAGGUUUGCCGGGUAGCGGUAAAUCGCACUUGGCGAAAUCCAUACUGAAGGCUUGUUACAAAAAUCCGAACUACGGGCAUCACAUACACAGCGCCGACAACUUUUUCAUGAACAGAGGGAAGUACAAGUACGACGCGAGGCAGAUCGGCCAGGCGCACCAGUGGAACCAGAAGAACGUGGACUACAGGAUGCAGGAAGGUUAUAGUCCCCUGAUCGUGGACAACACCAACACCGAAAUGUGGGAGAUGAAGAAUUACGUAGCGAUGGCAGUGCGGAACGGGUACAAGAUCCGCGUUCUGGAGGUGAACACCAGAUGGUGCUUCAGUUGCAAAGACCUUACCAGUAAGAACCAACACAAUGUUCCCAAACGUACCAUUGAGAACAUGUUGGCGAGGUACGAGAUGGGCAUUACGGCUGAGCAACUCUUGGUGCAUUACCAGUGUCCCCUCACCCACCAGGAACAACCGUUGCUCAGAAGAGUUCCCCCCCUGUUUACCCUUACUGUCGGUUCCGCCCACGACGCCAUCAACCCCGAUCUAUCCUUGCCGAGAAGCAAGAAAAAAAGCAAAUACGAAAUACGGAGUUUAAACGACAAAAGCGGCACGCAAGAGAACGGAAUGAACGGUCUUGUGAACGGGGUAUCUAACCUCAAUUUGUCGGAGUCGCCAAAAACGCACAACUAUUUCGGCUGCUGGGACACGAGCGUAGAUAACAACGUCGUUAAAGAAUGGAGGAUCGUGGAGACUCCCACACGUCAAGAAGGCUUUGCGCCUAUCGCGCCAGUCAAAAAGCCCGAGACGGCCGAGAUCGGAACUAACACGGAAAUCUUGGAUUUCCAUCUAGAGAAGGAUGUCAAGGUUUUGUACGGAAGGAACAGGGAGAUCACGGAAACGCGAAAGGAGAUCGCGGUUAACAGGCCCGGUAUGUUGGACAAGGGCUGUUGGACCGUGGAAGACGUUCGGCCUGACAGAAACGAGGACUUGAAAAAGUUGAUCGAUAUUUUCCAGAAAGUGCCGGCCGAGUACAUCAGGCAGAUGUACGACGAUUGCAGGGGGAAUUUCGACAUGACUUUCGAGAUCUUCUUGGAGGAUAACAAGGAUUAUUCGCAUCUAAUUUACGAGCGGACUAACGAUCAGCAAAUGCCGGAGGAAAAUUCGGUCGUUAUUGGUAAAAACGCGUCUGUGGAGUCGCUGAACGAAGCCAGCGUAGCCACGGAGUAUUCGGGCCCGUCUCCGUCUACCGGAGCCAUAAAGAAGCGUUUACCAACUACCCCGAAGGUGCAGGAAUCCACAACGCCGGAGUCUUCGUCGGAGGACGAAUGUUGGACCUCGCCGUCUGGAUCCGUUUCGGAUUUAGACUCCCAGACCCCGGCGACGCCCUUCGAAAAUCAAAACAUCGAGCUCAACCUCGGGGACCUGUUGGUCCAGCAGUUGGUGGGCGAGUUCGGCGAUCCGGCCCUCAAUUUCCCGAUCGGGUUUCAGCCGGUCGUCCAGCUGCCCAAGACGCUGGCCAGGCAGCUUUACGCCUUCUACGUGGAGUCCGUCUAUCAGCAGAUGGACAACCAGAAGUGCAUCCUGGACGUGCUGGUCAAGGAGGAUGAAACAUUCGCCAGAAAAUUGCAAGAGGAAGAGAACAAUGGAUCGACGGUUAGCAAACCGCCCCCGGAAGGUCUGCAGGAGAUCAUGAACGAGCAGGCGGCGUUGCGGUUGCACAAGAGGCAGAUGCCGGCGCUGAAGACGCCCAACGACCUGGCGACACAGCUCACGAAGAAGAAGCUGUUCGAGACGUUUCCCCAGGUAGAACAGGACGUCAUACUGCAGUUAUACCACGCCAACAAGCUGAACUACAAGCAGACUGUCGACGAUUUGAUAGCUUCCGUAGGCCAGGCGGGCGUAGGUUCGACAGGCGGGAACAUAAGGGAGCCGCCCAUCAGCGAGUCUACGAUGCAGGAACUGGAGGAGGCUCAUAUAGACUGUGAACCGUCAGCUAAGGAGGAUAAGACUAAAUCGGCUACUGAGUACCGGGAGGAGGCAGAGUACCACCUCAAAAAGCGAAACGAACUGUAUCAGAAAGCCAGAGAGCACCACGGCAAAGGACAGACCGAGGUAGCUCAAUUUUAUUCGGUGCUAGCUCAACAGCAGACCAAGUACUACGACACGGCUAACAACAAGGCUGCCACGGUUUUCCUAGACGAAAACUCGAAGCAGUUGCAGAACAUGAACACCUUGGACCUCCAUUACCUCUUCGUUAAGGAAGCCGUGUCCGCCUUGGACGUGUUCAUCGACGGUAAAAUCGAGCAUCUGAACGCAACCGCCGGGAAACAAACGCAGGACCUACUUAUUAUAACCGGAAGAGGCAACAGGAGCGCCAACGGAGUUAGCAAAAUAAGGCCUGCUGUGAUACGAAGACUCGAAGCCAGAAAUAUAAGAUUUCAUAAAAUGAAUCCGGGGCUGCUAAAAAUCAAGAUCAGACGCGACACGCCUGUUACCAACGAUCUCUGAUGUAGUAUAUUCCUGAUACUUGUUAAAAUUUUUCACACAUAUAUUUUAUGACCAUAACUUUGAUGUGUUUGUUCAAGAAGAAAUAUUUAGGUAAGUGAAAAAGAGCGUCUUGGUUCCUCAUAAAUGUUAAGAACACUCGAUGUUUUGCAGUUUGUCUGGAUUGGGUGAUAUUUUAAUGUUUGGAAAUUUUUUUGAUUCUUUUUAGUGUUAAUAUGUAUGAUAAUUGUUUGGACAAAAUGCAUCUAACACAGUACAGUAAGUUGUAUAGAUUUCAUUUAUAUUUUGUUAACCGCGAUGGUGAAUUUUAAAGUUGAUGGGUGAAAUUGGUAAAACAUGUUGAUAGAUUGUUUUGAUCAAGUCUCACCCAUUUUCGAUGUUCAUGUUUAAACAAUUUAAUUUAUUCAAAAGUUUUUCUUGCUGUGUAUACUUUUAUAUCCAUUGUUAUUCGGUGAACUGCAAUAUUGUUUAUGUUUGUUUCAAUAUCGAGCUUUGACAUUGGUACUUAGUUUUUGAUAGUUUUAGGUGUUCAUUGUUAGUUUUAAGUAGUAUAAUCACGUUUUUGACAAAUCAACUUUUAAGUACAAAUUUGUAAUAGGAACAACUUUAUACAAAUAUAUUUUUGAUAUUAUAUACUUAAUUAUACUGAAACAUAUCAGAUUGCCUUUCUGAAUGUUAAAACUAGUUGGUUAAGAUUUUGGUGCUGGAAAAUGAGGGGAUAGGUUUCCAAAUUUUAUUGAAAGGUGACGAGAACAAUAACAGCAUUGUGUUGGCUGUGUAUGGUGCUAUAAGUAAACAUUGUUAUCUGUGUGCAAUAUUUUUAUAUUAAUAAUAAGUACACCUAUGUUACCAUUACUUGUUCGAUAAGGUUUGUGAUAUAAUUUUAUAUCUACUUUUUUAUAAUAAACUAUGGACAAUA